UGCCCGGCCGACCGGCUGGCCAAUGGGGUGUGUGUGUGGCGGCGUCUCCAUAGUGACGGGGCUGGUCCCGGGAGGCUGUGAUGGGUUGACAGGUGCGUGACAGUCGGAGCUCUCCGCAGGCAUGUACGGCAAAGGCAAGAGCAACAGCAGCGUCCCGUCCGACAGCCAGGCCCGGGAGAAAUUAGCACUGUAUGUAUAUGAGUAUCUGCUCCAUGUAGGAGCACAGAAAUCAGCCCAGACAUUUUUAUCAGAGAUAAGAUGGGAAAAAAACAUCACACUGGGGGAGCCCCCAGGAUUCUUGCAUUCCUGGUGGUGUGUAUUUUGGGAUCUGUACUGUGCAGCUCCGGAAAGACGAGAAACAUGUGAACAUUCAAGUGAAGCAAAAGCCUUUCAUGACUAUAGUGCUGCAGCAGCUCCCAGUCCAGUGCUAGGAAACAUUCCCCCAGGAGAUGGCAUGCCAGUAGGUCCUGUACCACCGGGUUUUUUUCAGCCUUUCAUGUCUCCUCGGUACCCUGGAGGUCCAAGGCCACCUUUAAGAAUACCUAAUCAGGCUCUUGGAGGUGUCCCAGGAAGUCAGCCAUUAUUGCCUAGUGGGAUGGACCCAACAAGGCAGCAAGGGCAUCCAAACAUGGGUGGGCCAAUGCAGAGAAUGACUCCUCCAAGAGGAAUGGUUCCAUUAGGACCACAGUCUGAUCCUUGGUUAUCAUUGCAGAACUAUGGAGGUGCAAUGAGACCCCCACUGAAUGCUUUAGGUGGCCCAGGGAUGCCUGGAAUGAACAUGGGUCCUGGGGGUGGUAGACCUUGGCCAAACCCAACAAAUGCCAACUCUAUACCGUACUCUUCAGCAUCUCCUGGGAACUAUGUAGGUCCUCCAGGGGGUGGAGGGCCACCAGGAACACCUAUCAUGCCUAGUCCUGCAGAUUCAACCAACUCUGGAGACAACAUGUACACUUUAAUGAAUGCAGUACCACCUGGACCCAACAGACCUAAUUUUCCAAUGGGGCCAGGGUCAGAUGGACCUAUGAGUGGACUGGGUGGAAUGGAUUCACAUCAUAUGAAUGGAUCAUUAGGCUCAGGAGACAUGGACAGUAUUUCCAAAAACUCUCCCAGUAAUAUGAGCAUGAGUAAUCAGCCUGGCACUCCCAGAGAUGAUGGUGAGAUGGGUGGAAACUUCCUCAACCCUUUUCAGAGUGAGAGCAGUGAAAUCAUCAGCAAUCGCUUUUGAUGGGAAGAAUUAUUGCUAUGGAACAACUGCUCCAAUCCUUGAGGAGCCAAAUUAUCAACUGGAUAUUUGUAGGUUUCAUUUCUGUUUCAUCUUCAUGGUUUUUUCUCUCUUAUUUGGAUUUUCCUAUUAAAUGUACUGUCCCAGAUCUCUGCACAAAAAUAAGAUCCAAUAAAAGUACAGAAAGUUAUUCAAAUCUCUAGCUAAAGCCCUACUACAGAGAGUUUAUUUCAUUAGAGACAUUGAGCAUAACAAGAAAUGUGGAGUGGCAGUGCAGCAUCCUGAGAGCUCUUACUGUUUAGGAUUAGGAAAGUUAGCCUCUCACAGACUCACAUAAGGCAAGAUGAUUUCUAGCAAUGGCAUAUAGUAGCUUGAAACAAAAGCUGAUACUUACCAUGCAGAUUGGAAGGAAAUAAAAUCCAAACAGGUGAUCUGUAAUUGAAGUAGAGUUUUUACUGGCAUAGCUUGGAAAGUACAUUACUGGUAACAAGCUUCAUAUCAGCAAAACUGGUAGCUAGGGUUCAAUAGCUGCUCUCUUUCUUAAAGCAGAGGUGCAUCCUGAUCCUGCUGUCUCUAAUCCCCAGCAGAAAGGCUGGUCUUUUUGAUUCAGGCACGUUGUGGACCAGGGGCUGCCCUAUCCACCGGCCACCCCUUUUGUUACAGCUGAGCAAAGUGCAAAUGUCCUUCCAGUGGGUGUCAAAGUCAAUCUGUAACAGGAGAGUAGAGCGUGUCCAACAGCUUAGCAGAAAAGCAAAGCCAUGUUUGCUAAAUUGUUGUCAAUAAACAUGAUGUUCAAAAGCAAGUAUAAGUUGUUCCCCAGUCUAUUUUAAUUUUUCUGAUUAACUUGUAGCUUUGAUUUGAUUUACAUUAAUGAUUAUAUUAAUUUACAUUAAUGAGUACCUUGACGGUUAAGGAAGAGAAUACAAGUUCCUAAACUAAGGCUAAAAUACAGACAUGGAAGAGUGGCAUAAGUAAAGUGGAAGCUGAAAUUGUCUGUUAGUUGAGAAGCAAGUACAUUUUUAUUAUCCAUAAAAUAAACUUUUUAGCCUUGUAGUGGCUAUUUGAGAAGGGUUAAUUAAAAUGCUGUAUAUGCUUAGAGACCAAUUUUGAGGGCUUUUUUUGUGGCAAGUAUCCCCUUGCAAAAUUGUUGCAGUGCAUCUAUUUCAUGCAUGUUUGCCUAAAAACACAAAAACAAAUAGAUUUUUUUUCUAUGGAUUGCUGUGUAUGCAUCUGGCAAACACUUGUUUAUGGUGGGAAGAGGAGGAGGGUUUGAUAGCUGGUGGGUUAGCAUAUUUAUGUGAAUUACUUAAAGCAUUGGUAAACUAUUGUCAACUUUGUUCACAUUGCACAAGAUACUCUGUGUAGUCUACUGCUGGCAUUAUAACCUCAGUGAUCCAUGCAUAUUCUGUAAAUUCCUGUAGGUUUUGUGUAAGAAUCCUUGUCACCAUUGCUUACUACUGUAAAUUGUUUUGAAGCAAGAGGUGGCAUUUGAUUGUACAGCCAUGUGUAUUUUAUACUACAACAGUACCUGUUCUCUCCUCGAAACUUGCUGUUCACAUAUAGGUAAAAGGUUUGUUAAGCACGCUUAGUGGUUUCAGAAUUUAUUUCAAACAGCAAAUAUAUAAGCCAUUUGCAGGAAUAUUAAAUGUAAGAGAAUUCAACCCAGCUCAUACCCUUUUGGGGGCUGGAUUUUAGCAAACAACAGGCAGCUGCAGGUUAGCACGUUUCGUGGCUCCAUGCCAGAUAUGCAGUGUGUGCUUUUUAACUGCAUCAGUGCCAGGACAGAAACCCAUCUCUAAGGGUAUGCACGGGAUAAAGCACUGCCUUUGUAUUGUGUCCUUGUCCCCAGCCACCAUGGGUUUUAUGUGUGGCAGUGUUUUAAGGAGAAUUUAAUUAUUUGUCUGUUUAUGGAGAUAGAAAAAUAAUCCAAAUUCUUGGAUGCUGGAUUAUUUUUUAUUACUAUUUUAUGAUAUACAACAAAGACCCGAAAAUGUGUGUGUGUUCUUUGCUGGUUUCUGACAUUCAAGUCCUGUCUAGACUGAAAGACAGUAAUGAGAAAAGUGAAACAAGUGGGAAAGUUGAAGGGGAUAAUUACUUUGAUUAUUUUAAAUUCUGUGUUUUAUAUGUUUUUAUUGAUUGUUUAAAUGUGUAGGUUAAUGUUUUGAAUAAAGGCAGUCUUUGUUAAUGACUUUGCACCUUCA